UGCUUGUGUUCCGACCCGACAUUGUUUCAGGUCGCUCCACUCUGACCCCUUAAACCACAGACGCCCAAUAGGCGACAGGCAACAUACAUGCACCACGCCUGGUUUCGAUCUAGUAUUUCCAGAAGCGCAUACGUACUAUCUGAGAAAGGCAGUGCAUUCAGCGGAACAUUCAUCCUAUCCAGGCUUUUAUAGGCGCUUGUUUGUGAGUCCGGUACAAUGGCAUCGGAGGAUAUAAAAGCGUGCUGAGCGGGCCCAGUGUUUGGGAGUUUGUGGCAGAACUGGUUUUGUAUGUGUUGUUCGGACAGGAAAUACAUUCAGCAGCUCAAGCACAUCGGAAAGAAAGAAAAAAAGGCUGGGGAAGGGAGAGGAGGGCGUAAUCUGUGCGUCAGGUGCUUGUGUCGAGCAAUCUUGCAAUGUCGGAUGAACAGCAGGGAAAGGGAAAGGGAAACGGAGGAGAAUGGCUGGAAGCUCGACACAAUCACCAAAUGCCGUUUUAGCGUAAAAAGCGAGGCCAGGACAUGCCUGGCACCUCUCUUGUUUCUCCUAUUCCCUACAAUACAUACUUUUUCGCUAGGCAUUAAUACACCCAUGAGCAACGCACUAAACAUCAAGCUCUCAGGAACCGGCGCGGGCACCGGCCAGCCGGCAGCCACGGACGUGGACAAGGAGACCGGGCGCACGGAGGCAGCCGGCUACCCGCUGACAGCCGACUGGACCGACCCGAUGUACAAGGGCCAUGGCGUCGGCCACCGCGACCCGAAGACCGGCGCGCCGGUGCCGGCCACACAGCACAUUCCGACGGACGGCGAGCUCAACCCGCAGAACUACAUCCAGGUGCUCUCCAGUGACGAGGACCCGGCAGCGGUGCGGCAGCGCACCAAGGACGCGUUCCUGAACAAGUACAAUGUCAAGAAGGCCAGUGAGUACCGCGCAAACUACUACAGCGCAGUUGGCAAGAUCCAGAGGCGCUUCGGAAACCGCGAGCAGGGCGAGCUCAAGAUCGAGCGCGCCGAGCUCGAGAGGGCCGCAUACCAGGUCGACCAUAGCGACGUCCACUUCCGCAAGUAGUGGUGUUCAUUCUUUUUUAGUGAUAGCCAUGUAGCAUGCACUGAGUGCAUGGCACGAGUUGGUGGGGAGGCGGGGCUUUGGAAGGUCUCGAUGGAACAACCCAUUGAG